GGAACGACACACGACAGUUGAGCCAGAGCGAUCUUGUCAUUCUUUGGCCGAUAUCACUCAACUACAGCACAAUGUAUAUCUACAGCCCAAAAAUGAUCCGUUUGGUGCUACAUCAAGAGGUCGUCAGUUUCAUCGAGAAGAGUAAAGAAGAUCUGAUUACGGAUUUCAAUGAUGAAGACGAAUUUAAAGGAUACCUGAAGAUAUUUGGAAUUAACAUCAAUUGCGAGAACAAGGAGAUACAUCUGAAUAAAGAAAACAUAGAUUUCGACCGGGAUAUUAAAGUCUGCGCCCAGUAUCUCGCGAAGCCGAGUUGCCGAUGGCCCUCCCACAUAUUCAAAAACAGCCAGAACAUGAGCAGGCUGAUAAGCUUCCUGUUUGAAAUGUGGGAGAUAAUGAAGCAUGUCAACUUGGAUCCGAAGAUGUUCGUACAACCGCGAGAUAUGCGGAAGGUACAAAGAAUAAUCCGCGACUGGCUGAGCGUAGUGAGGAAAUCAGCCGGCAGGAACGCAACAUCUUGUACCAAAUGCAUGAUGAGCGGAUAUUGUACGCAGGAUCACCGGUAUAGAUUCGCCGGGUCGCGCUGCUCCAACAACUGUGCGAAGAACUACAUAGUUGGCGCGAUAUAUAACGGAUCCAGGCGAAAAGAUCGCAAGCUAUGCGAGAAAUGCAUAGAAGUCGACCGGGCGAUCCAGGAAAACGAGAUACUGGAGGACAAAGCAGACAUCCGGGCGACCUCCGAGGUGGCGAGAAACCUCCUGUCCGACUCUGUUGACACCAUGUCAGGACAGGAGCGUCUGCAAUACCAAAUGCGGAAGGCUGCUUGUAACAUCGUUCAAAGCAGCAAUAGAGGCGUACAAACCGCGGCAAGCAGACCACCUGCCAGGGCAUGA